CGAAAGAGAUGAUUUGCCGUCAUCGCGCCCUCGUUUGCAUCGUUCGUUCGUUGCUCCAUCGCAUCGCAUCGCAUCGCAUUCUUAAGCUCAUCUACUCGUAAAUUCAUUCACACUUCGCUCUACUCGCACCCCGACAUCGUCGUUCAAGCCUCCGCGACGGAGGCUGUCUCCUCAGCUGCGGGGGCGACGACGGCCGCGUCCUUCAGCUCACCGCUGGCGAUGACGACGACAUCGUCCACCGGACGGUCGCCUCGACCGGUCGGGGUCUUCUCGAUCUUCCUUACGACGUCCAUACCCUCCACCACGGCGCCGAAGACGACGUGCUUCCCGUUCAACCACGGCGUCGCCGUCGUCGUUAUGAAGAACUGCGAACCGUUCGUAUUCGGUCCCGCGUUCGCCAUCGAGAGCACCCCGGGGCCGACGUGGUUUAACUUAUCGAGCGGGAACGCUUCGUCCGGGAAUUUUCUGCCGUAGAUGCUGUAGCCGCCGGUGCCGUUCGCGCGUUCGAAGUCGCCCCCUUGAAUCAUAAAAUUCGGGAUCACCCUAUGAAAGAUGGAACCUUUGUACCCAAAGUCUCGCUCGCCGGUGGCGAGCUGUCGGAAGUUCUCGACAGUCUUCGGGACUUCCUUCCCGAAGAGGCCGAUGACGACCCGUCCCGCGGGUUUCCCGCCGAUCGCGACGUCGAAGUACACCUUGUUCGUGAUUUCGUUGUUGCAGAUUAUCGGUGACGUGUCCGGGGCGGGGCAGUCGCCCGCCGCGAACGCCGGCGCGGCAGCCGCGGCCGCCGCCGCGGCGGCGGAUCCAACGAGAGCGGCGCGACGGGAUACGAUGUGCAAGGAGGCGAGAGCGGACGCGGACAAGGAACCGGCGUUGGCGAGCUAUCUGUUCAGCACCAUCUUAGCGCACAAGUCCUUGGAAGACGCGUUGGCAUUCGUACUCGCGAAUAAGCUCAAGAGCACCGUGCUCCUGGACUCGCAGCUCCUCGAGUUGUUUUCCGCGACGUAUCGACGUGACGGCCAUCUGGUGAAGAUGGCUCAGGCGGACAUGCAGGCGUACAUCGAGCGCGACCCCGCUUGCGAAAAAUACAUGCAUAUACUUCUCUUCUUUAAGGGGUUCCAAGCGAUCCAGGCGCAUCGCGUAGCUUCUGCGCUGUGGAAACAGGACAGGAAACCUCUCGCACUCUUACUUCAGAGCCGAAUAUCCGAAAUAUUUCACGUAGACAUCCAUCCCGGGGCGAACAUCGGCGCGGGUAUCAUGUUAGACCACGCCACCGGCGUCGUGAUUGGGGAAACCGCAGUUGUGGAGGAUAACGUGUCGAUCCUUCACGGAGUCACGUUGGGGGGAACGGGGACGAAGGAUGGAGACAGACAUCCUAAGAUAGGAACCGGGGUUGUCAUCGGUGCGGGAGUCACGAUCCUCGGUAACCUCAAGGUUGGCGCGAACUCGAAGAUCGGCGCCGGUUCUGUCGUGCUGAGGGACAUACCCGAGAACUGCACCGCCGUUGGGAUUCCCGCGAGGCUCGUGGGCGGACCCAAGCCGGAAUCGCAGCCGAGCCUCAGCAUGGAUCAGGUAUCCGGGUUAUCCGAUUACGCGUACGACAUCUGA